AUGAGCUUAUCUUCUAACUCUCAUGUUGAUUCUCCAAAAAAAUUAAACACAAAGCAUUAUGAGGGUAAAAAGUCUUUAAAAGGCAAUAAAAAGAAAAAAUGUGAAAACGAAUUUUGUUUUGCUAACCAAAAUAAUAGAUAGAAUAAAAAAACAACCAAAAACCUUCUCUAAGACCGUUAAUUAAGGAAUUAACUCCACACUAACGAAAAGCUCCAAUUUUGUGAUUCUUGUUAAUAAAGAUUUGAUUAAAGACAGUACUGCUAUUAUUGCUAAUAAAUAUAUGUAAAUACAACCGAGGAUAAUGGACAUAAUUGGAAUGGAGACGGGUAGGAAUGGGUUUAAUGCGAUGUUUGUGAUUUUUGGUAACAUAUAUAAUGUGAGUAAAUGCAUGGUAUGAAAAAUGUAAUGGAAAUAAUAAAUUAAUAAUAGUAAUACUUUUGUCCUUGGUGUAGAAACAAAGAAUAGAAUGGAGCAAAUAAGCAAACUCAAAAAAAAAAAUUAAAACUUUAGUAAUAAAAUAGGAGAAUAAUAAAAGAAACCUCAUUAAUUUAUAAAUAUAAGAUGAUAAUAAUUGUUAUUCUUUUAAAAAUAUAGUGA